CUAUCUGUUCUUUUUGUUUACACUUUCCCUUUCCCAUAUCUCCGCCUCUUGCACGCCCCCUCCCUCCUGCCCUUACAUAGCGCACCCAUCGCCACCCAACGCCUGCCCACGGCCCCGCCCUCACGACCAUCUCCUUUGUCGUCGCGUCCGACAUCACCCACCGAUCCGUCUCGAACGACAGAGUAUCCCCUCCGCCCACCUCUCAUCCAACUUUAUCUCUCCCCGCCACCCGCUGUGCUGAAUCUCUCGCGCUCAGUAUACCCGCUCGCCCUUUUUUGAGAUCUUGGACACGCGCCAGAUCUCCCCAACGCGCCUUUCGAAAAGCGUUACGAUCAGACUUUCUUGUCACUCCCACCGGAAACACGCACGAUGACCACGAUGACAAUGGCCACCCCGGCCACGCCUUCCACCUCCACCCACUCCCCCUCCGCCUCUGUGCACUCGCAUCUCUCCCGCCGGCUCACCAACAGAAUGACCAACCGUUACUCUGUCAACGCCAUGUACUCUCUCGCCGCCGAGCAGGAUAUCGAGCUUGAAGACGAGCUUUCCCGAGCGCAAAAGAAGCUGCGGGACCUCAAGUCCAGGAUCUCGUCCCAGUCGAAAAAGAACUUUGUGCUGGAGAGGGACGUGCGAUAUCUCGAUUCGAGGAUUGCGCUCCUGAUCCAAAACAGGAUGGCUGCGGAUGAGAAGAGGCAGGUGGCAGAGACGUUGGAGGAUGUGGAUGAGGAUAGCGGGCUGUGGCCGGAUGAGAAGAAGAUGGGGCAGUAUGCCAACUUGUUCUUUUUGCUGCAGAGCGAGCCCAGGCAUAUCGCUAGUCUGUGCAGGCUCGUUAGCCUGUCGGAGAUUGACACUUUGCUUCAGACCGUCAUGUUUACUCUCUAUGGUAAUCAGUACGAACAGAGAGAAGAGCAUUUGCUCUUGACAAUGUUCCAAAGUGUACUAUCCGCCCAAUUCGAAACGACGACCGAAUUCGGCUCCCUCCUCCGUGCCAACACCCCCGUCUCCCGAAUGAUGACCACCUACACACGGCGUGGACCUGGUCAGAGCUACCUCAAAGGUGUAUUGGCGGACAGGAUCAACAGUCUCAUCGAGCACAAGGAUUUGAAUCUAGAGAUUAAUCCUCUCAAAGUCUAUGAACAGAUGAUCCAGCAGAUUGAGGAGGAUACCGGUAGCCUGCCGCCCUCUCUACCCCGAGGCGUACCGCCAGAAGUCGCGGCUGCCAACUCGGACGUGCAAGCCAUUAUCAUCCCGCGUAUCACCAUGCUUAUGGAAAUCGCCAACUCGUUCCUGUCGACUAUUAUUGACAGUCUUGACUCGGUGCCGUAUGGGAUUAGGUGGAUAUGUAAGCAGAUCAGGAGCUUGACGAGAAGAAAGUAUCCGGAUGCAACGGAUGCGAGUAUCUGCUCGCUUAUUGGUGGAUUCUUCUUUCUUCGAUUCAUCAACCCGGCCAUCGUCACUCCGCAGGCGUACAUGCUUGUCGACGGCGUCCCAGCCAAACACCCCCGUAGAACGUUGACUCUGAUCGCAAAGAUGCUGCAAAACCUGGCAAACAAACCGAGUUAUGCGAAAGAGCAGUAUAUGAUGUCGCUCAACCCGUUUGUGGAGAACAACAAGACGAGGAUGAACCAGUUUUUGAAUGCUCUGUGUGAGGUUGGAGACUUUUAUGAGUCUCUCGAGUUGGACCAAUAUAUGGCACUGUCAAAGAAGGACCUGCAAAUCAACAUUACCCUGAACGAGCUGUACAACACGCAUUCGUUGUUGAUGCAACAUAUGGACGUCCUGUCUCCAAACGACAAACACCACCUCCGCAUCCUACUCGACGAGCUCGGCGCCGCCCCCGCCCAAGUGCCGCGUAAAGAGAACCGCUCCAUCGAGCUCCCCCUCUACUCGCGCUGGGAGACCCCGAUCCAAGACUUGUCGACCUCCCUCAUGUCGGAUUCCGUCACGCAAAACGACAUCAACUAUAUGGAGACGAAAUCGAUCUUUGUGCAGCUGCUCCGUUCGAUGCCGACUGUAGCGGAUAAGAGGCCGGUCAACUUGGGCGCGCUGGCGGAGAAGGCGGCUACGAGUAAAGACCCCGUGCUCGUGCGACGGGGGAUCAAAGUGCAGGCGCUGCUUGCAGAGCUGGAUGCUGCUGGGGUGAUUGACCGCGCGGACGAGUACAAGCUGAUGCAAGAUGAGGUCUCUGCCGAGAUGGUGCACCUGGGAAAUGCCAAGGAGAAAGUCGUGCUCGAAGCGCGGUCUUUGGAAUCCGUCUACAAGACGAUCUGCGAUCACAACAAUUACUUGCGCGGGCAGUUGGAGCAGUACAAGGCGUAUUUGCAGAAUGUGAGGUUGACGAGUAGUAAGGAUAAGGGCGCGACGGGGGUGGGGGUGGUGACGGUGAAUGGAAAGGAGAAGAAGCAGGUGGAUAAGAAGGUGUUGGGGCCGUACAUGUUUAAGCAUCGGGAGUUUGAGAAGGAGGGGAUUAUCAUGGAGAGUAAUGUCCCGGAGAACCGACGGAUGAACAUUUACUUUAUGAUCACCUCGCCCGCGCCCGGCACAUUCAUCAUCGCCCUCCAUUUCAAAGGCCGCGACAAGCCGAUACUGGAGAUGGAUCUCAAGAUUGAUGAUUUGCUGGAAAAGCAGAAAGAUCAGCAGGCCAUGUUGGAUCUGGAGUAUGUGCAGCUGAAUGUGCCGAAAGUGUUGGCGCUGUUCAACAAACUCUUUUCAAAGAAGCGAUAAGGAGGGAUGCAAAGGGGUGGUCUUGGGCGCUGGCGUUGAGAGACUUGAAUGUCGAGGUGUGAUUCCACAAAUCCUACUAUAAAAUGUCAUCUGUUAAUCUAUCUAUUUGUUCUUCGCUCAUCUACUUUUUUCGUUCCUCUUCAUUUUUUUCGGUUUUUUCUUUUGGGAGUUACAUACAAAUGUCUGUUUCUAUUGUCGUCUCAGCCCCUGUACCUGUAGUCAUCGAGUACGGAUCGGGGUGAUGUGACUUGUCAGUAUGCACAUCUAGUGUCGGUAUCUCCUGCCUCUUGCGGCGUUGUCUCUUUCCCUAUCUCGCAUACCCCUGAACUGCCGACCAUACUCGCUUUCUAAACUCUGUUGAACACUACUGAAUACUGCUGAAUACAUCCCCUCCCCUUAUCUCUCGACGAGAAUAGCAAAGGAAGGUGUGACAGACAGGGUUUAAGCUUCAUAGCCGCAAGCCACGUUUAAGCCUCCACAUCUCCGGAUGCGGGGAGAACGUGGGGGCCGACGGCCUGCGUAUGCUUACUUGGCCAGUGACCGAGAGGGUUGGUUUGGAUGCCGUACGUGCUUGAAGGGGCAGAUAGAG